CAGAAUAUAGAAGCUGUGCAAACAGAAUAUAAAUUUGUGUAAUUAUAAAUAAUUGAUGUUUGCAAUAAAAAAAGGUAAAAAUAAUGACGCCGACGGCCAACCAGAAGAGAUUCAUAGAGUCUUUUUUUGCAGACUAUUCUUUUCUAGAGACAACAAACAAAUAAAAGGACCCUCUCUCUCUCUCCACCACAUUUCCGAGCUGAAAGUCAGAGCAUUUUUCGGCUCCCGAUCUCUGUAUUGGCAUCUCUUCAUUGAGAAUUUGGAGACAGAAUGUCACGUGGCGGUACACAGAGCAGUAUACGAAAAACACUCGGUGCCCUGAAGGACACCACGACUGUUAGUCUGGCAAAAAUAAACAGCGGCUACAAGGAAUUGGACAUUGCCAUUGUUAAGGCAACAAACCAUGUCGAACGCCCUGCAAAGGAGAGGCAUAUUAAAGCUGUCUUUGCUGCUGUAUCGGCCACCAGGCCUCGAGCUGAUGUUGCUUAUUGUAUACAUGCCCUUGCAAGAAGAUUGGCAAAGACUCAUAAUUGGGCGGUUGCCUUAAAGACUCUAAUUGUUAUACAUCGUGCGUUGCGAGAGGUUGACCCGACAUUCCAGGAAGAAAUAAUUAAUUAUGGUAGGAGCAGAGGUCAUAUGCUUAACUUAGCCCACUUCAAGGAUGACUCCAGCCCUAACGCUUGGGAUUAUUCGGCAUGGGUGCGCUGUUAUGCACUAUUUUUGGAGGAGAGGAUGGAAUGUUUCCGAGUGUUGAAAUACGACAUAGAAACAGACCGUCCGAGAACAAAAGAUCUCGACACACCAGACCUACUCGAGCAUUUACCAGCAUUACAACAGCUUCUUCACCGUGUGAUUGGCUGUCAGCCCCAGGGAGCAGCUCUUCAUAAUUUCAUCAUUCAAUUAGCGCUUUCCAUGGUUGCUUCAGAAAGCAUAAAAAUUUACAGCGCGAUAAGCGAUGGCACCGUAAAUUUGGUCGACAAGUUCUUCGAGAUGCAAAGGCACGAUGCUCUUAAAGCUUUGGAUAUAUAUCGAAGAGCUGGGCAGCAGGCCGAGAGAUUGUCAGAAUUCUACGAAAUAUGUAAAAAUCUUGAUGUUGGGCGUGGAGAGCGAUUUAUCAAGAUCGAGCAGCCGCCGGCAUCGUUUCUGCAAGCUAUGGAAGAGUAUGUUCGAGAUGCACCACGUGCUUCCGCAGCCCGCAAAGAUCUGGGUGAUGAUAAGCCUAAGGCGAUCUUGGCUAUUGAGUACAAAACAAGUUCAGAGGUAAAAGACGAGCAGCUGCAGUCGCCACCUCCACCUGAACCAGAAGCAGAACCUGUCAAAGUGGAAACUCCAGCUUCUGAACCACCUCCCGAUUUGCUGGGCCUGAACGAGCCCGCCCCUGCUGCAACUGAGUUGGAUGAGAAAAAUGCUCUGGCUUUGGCCAUUGUGCCUGCUGAACAACCGGCCUCAACCGGACCAAACCUCUCAAACGGAGCCACUGGCUGGGAGCUAGCACUCGUCACAGCUCCAAGCUCCAACGAGAGCGCUGCUGCAACGAGCAAACUGGCCGGAGGGCUGGACAUGCUCACGCUGGACAGUUUAUAUGACGACGCGAUCAGACGAAGCAACCAGACCACAAGCUACAACCCGUGGGAGCAAGGCCCGAUGGGGAACUCAAUGAUGGCACAUGAUCCAUUCUACGCGUCCAACGCAGUGGCUGCACCACCAAACGUGCAGAUGUCGAACCAGCCACAUCCCUUCAUGUUCCAGCAGCAGCAGACGAUGAUGAUGGGCCCACAGCAACCCAUGAACCCGUACGUGACCGGGGUCCAGCCCCACCCAUACGGCGCAGGUAUGCCCGUGCAAGCCUACAAUCCUUAUUCGGGCCUCAUUUGAAGGAAAAUUCAUCCUAUUCAUUUGUUGGAAAUACUAGGAUUAUAAGAUGGUUAGCUCUCUUGAUGAUGAUGAUUAUUAUUAUAUGUAUUGGAGAUAGAUAUGGUUGUUUGUAUCAUAUGUUGUGUGAGUGAAGUAGUUUAGAUCAAAAUUCAUUCUUGAAUAAUUAAGUAUAUAAUCUUUUUGUAUUUUUUUUAGAGUUGCAUAAAAUUCGUAGACCAUGUUGGUCGGGAGGAAUCUAUGUUAUUGAUGAAUUUUUUGGACCGUUGUUUUCCUUGGAUCUGUACUAUGUAGCAACAUUCAUUUUAUAAUAUUUUUCCAUAAAGAAUCAAAAGUUUGGUAAUUGAAUA